GCAAUGCGGAAGAAAAACAUGUUUUUUUAUUCUAUGAAGAAUUCAGCUACAAAUUCAAGGACUGGAAUAUACAGGAGCACAUGGCAUCAGAAGAAGAACGAAUGUCCUGGUGGAAAAAAUCCAUCAAGAGAAUCUUAAAGGCAAUCCUCUAUAUCCACAAGAAGGGGCUUGUUCACAAGGGCUUGUCAUACCAAUCCAGUUAUGUAAUUCAAGACGGUGAACUAAGACUCGUUAACAUCCGAGGUAGUCUGGAGAAGUUGGAACCUCUACAGUCUCAAAAGAUGAAGAGGAGUGACCUCACAGACUUUAUGACCUUCCUCAGAGAAAAUGUGCCAGCCAAUUGGACGAACAGAAACUUGUUCUUGGAUUAUAUUGCCAACGACACUAGCUCGUCCGAACGCGUUGCCAAAAAACUCAUUAGACAUCCAUUAAUGAUGGAUACCCCUCAUGAGAGAAUUAGGUACUUUAGCGAUGUAUUCCAGGCCAUAGAAAGCAACACUUGCGUCAAUCCUACAGCCUUCAAAAAGACAUUGGACCAAGAUCCUCGUUUUCAACCAUACAAGAACUGGACGACAACAUACAAGGGGCAUAUUCUGUACGCUAAUUUUUCUCGUAAGAAGGGGAAAGCAUAUUCAGGUCAAAACCUGUUUAGCCUCAUUGCAUUUUUAAGGCAUGUCUACAUACAUUGUGUCACAAAUAGUGCAGAUUUUGAAAAGAUGGAUGAAGAGAUCGCUCAACUGUAUCCUGGGCUUUCAAGCCAUGUGCACGAGAUCUUCGUGAUGAAGGACAAAUUCUCUUAA